UGUCUGUGUGUCUGUCUGUGUGUGUGUGUGUGUGUGUUGAAGUUCUGGAGGUGCCUCAGCUCCUGCCUCAAAGACCGUUCAACCCUCCUGUUGGGACCUUGGGAUGGAAGUGCAAGUGCUCUGUGCCUUCUUCUACCAUCUCCUGCUGCCCCUCUCCCUGGUGGGAGCAUGUCUCUUUCGAUACAAUGCGUUGUCACUGAUUUACUUGCUGUACCUGCUGUUGCUGCCACUAUUUUUUGGCCCCAGUGAGCGCAGUAUUCGAGGUCACACAGGCCGCUUGAUCAAAGCUCUGCUGGUCACCAGCAUCCUCUUCCUGUGUGCACACACUGGCUUUCAGAUUGCUCUCUACGUUCUGAAGGACACAGAUUUUUUGGGCUAUAACUGCAGCAGAUGGGAAACUCUGUCCAGACACAUUGGAGUGACCAGACUUGAUCUGAAUGAUGUUCCAAACUGUAUCCGAAUCAUUGCUCCGGAUUUUGGAAUAUUUCUCAUCAGUUGCAUUACAUUAGGGUUCUGCAAUCGCUUGACAAAGAAAAAUAAAUCAAUAUCAGACAAAGGGGAGGAGAGCAUUGAAUCCGAUGAACAGGAUGAAGAGGAAGGCACCGAGGUUGACGAGGCAACUGAAGAUGAGGAAGAUGCAACUGAAGACGAGGAAGAGGCGACUGAACAGGAGAGGCGCAGGCAAUCUCGCACGGCCACAUUGGCUCAGCUGCGGGUCGUUGCACAGAAGUUUCUCGAAACAAUGGGAAAAGUUGUGGCGGUUAUAUUUUUGGCUUUAGCUGGAAUUGCCGUUCCUUGUGGCUUCUCUGGUGUUUAUUUCCUGCUUUUCAUUGGAAUAUGCACAUGGUGGGCGUGCCAUUUGCCAAUGAGUCACGUUGGCUUCAAUACGAUCUGUGUCAUGGUGGGGUUUUACACUGCCGGCCACAUCAUCUGUCUCUACAUUUACCAGACUGCUUUUUUUCAGCAGAUGUUCCCUCCCAGUGGCCUCUGGUCCAGGUUAUUUGGUCUAAAGGACAUCAUCCAUUCAAACUCCAGCAGUCCUCAUCAACUUAUUCUGAACGAGGCUCACGAGUGGCCCGUCUAUGUGAAUCCAGGGAUAUUGCUGCUGCUUUACUACACUCUGGCAACCCUGCUGAAGCUGAAGAAAGUGGAGAGUAGCAUUACAACAGACAAUGCACAGGAAAAUGCUGAGGACCGAGUUGAGUUAACAAACACAGAGACUUGGUCAAAGAACCGUGGUGAAAGAGAAGAUGAAACUAAGCCAAUGCUACCAUUUGCCAACGAGAAUCCUGAAGGGCAGAGCUUUAGAACGCAUGUAAUUCCUGGCUCCUCUCAUCCAGAUCCGGACGAAGUCGUAAGUCACAACACGUCCGAAGCUAAGAGCCCGAAAUCGCCUCUAAGUGAGAUAGGCCGUGUGAUCAUGCAGCAGAGUUAUAUCUGUGUACUCAUCAUGAUGAUGGUUUGGAGCAUUACCUUCCACAGCUGGUUGACGUUUGUGCUGUUGCUGUGGGCCUGCCUCAUCUGGAUAGUGCGGAGUCGUCGCCAUUUCGCCUUGCUCUGCUCUCCCUUUAUCUUGCUGUACGGGAUCGUGCUGUGUGGUCUGCAGUACGUCUGGGGGAUGGACCUGUCUGAGGAAUUGCCAACCAAACUCGGCUUUAUGGACCUGAAGCAGCUGGGUUUAGUUCGAGCACCGUAUCACUGUCUACGCUUGGGAGCAGUGCUGCUGUACACACUCACCUUUUGGCUUCUGAUGCGUCAGUUUAUUAAAGAAAAAUGUAUCCGACGGAAAGACAUCCCACUGAAAGAAGUGAACAUCCCUGAGCAAGAUCAGGGGAAGAGCGAUCUGUUGAAAACUCUCGGGGAGAUCGUAAUUCAAUUCUACUCCAAGUACUGGAUUUACGUUUGUGGAGGAAUGUUCAUCGUGGUCAGCUUUGCUGGAAGAAUCGUUGUGUAUAAAAUAGUUUACAUGUUCCUUUUCCUCCUGUGCCUCUCUUUCUAUCAGAUAUGUUAUUUCUUAUGGCGGAAGCUGCUGAAGUUGUUCUGGUGGCUGGUCAUUGCCUACACCAUGCUGGUCCUGAUCUCAGUUUACACCUUCCAGUUUGCUGAUUUCCCACACUACUGGAAGAACUUCACAGGACUGACAGACGAACAGUUGGCCGACUUGGGUCUGGUGCAGUUUAGUGUUGGGGAGCUCUUCUACAGUAUCCUGAUCCCGGGCUUCUUCCUAUUGGCCUGUAUCCUGCAGUUGCACUACUUCCACCAGCACUUCAUGGUGAUCACUGAUCUGGAGCAUGUUCCUGCCAAGGGAACAGGGCCACUGUACAGGUUGAAAGAAAACUUGGCACAACGUUCGAAGCAAACUGCUCCGGCUGCACCAGCACAGCAGAACGGGGAGGUUGAAGACCUCGGAUGUGAAGAAAAUGAACGCACAGAAUUGGAAGGAGGAGCCGUUCGUAGUAAAUGGGGGCUGGUAUUUGAUCGCCUCCUUGUACUUUUCCUCAAAUCAUCCGAAGUCCUCAGCCGCAUUAAGGAAUGUGUCUGGCAAUUUCUGGAACUGCACAUGGUGAAGCUGGUGGCACUGUUCUCUGUGUGGGUGGCAGUGAGAGAGCCAUCCAUCAUGAACUUCCUCUUCAUUGUGCUGUGGGCAUUUGCAGUACCGUACAUUAAGUUCCGUUCAAUGGCAUCCUGUAUCUCUACCAUGUGGGCGUGUAUCAUCAUAGUCUGCAAAAUGCUGUACCAGCUGAACAUUGUCAAUCCUGAGGAGUAUUCCAACAAUUGCACAAUGAGUUUCCCAAAUGAGACCAAUUUAAAACCAGAGGAGAUUGCACUUUCUACACUGUACAGAGAGCCUGUAGACCCAGCCAACUGGUUUGGAUUCAAGAAGACAUCUCCCCUUCUCCCAUACAUCAAAAAUCACCUCGUGCUGUUAACGUUGCUGGUGUUCGAGGUUACGGUCUACCGACACCAGCAGCAUUUCCGCAAACGCGACCAGCUUUCCUCGCCCCUCGUUCACCUCAUCUUUCAAGACAUCACUCGGCAGGACCUGGAUAAAGGCCUCGUCAGCUGCGCAAAGUAUUUCAUCAAUUUCUUCUUUCACAAGUUUGGUUUGGAGAUCUGCCUCCUGAUGAUUGUAAAUGUGAUUGGUCAGCGGAUGAAUUUCCUCAUGUUAUUCCACAGCUGUUGGCUGGUUGCUAUUCUGACCAGGCGCAAGAGAGCCAUGAUCGCUAAGCUGUGGCCCAAGUACUGUCUCUUCCAAUCCCUUUUCCUAAUGUAUCAGUACCUGUUGUGUGUGGGGAUGCCACCCGCGCUCUGUCUAGAUUACCCCUGGAGGUGGGCAGCUCCCAUCACCAUUAACUCCAACCUGAUUAAAUGGUUGUUCCUGCCAGACUUUGUCACUUUGCCCAAUGCCACACAUCUCAUGUAUGAUUUUCUGUUGCUGGUUUGUGCGUCCCAGCAAUGGCAGGUGUUCAGAAAUGAAAAAAAGGAGGAGAUGAUCAUAGCAGCCGGAGAAAAUACAGACGAUUCAGAUCCCAUGGUUGGGAGAGAGCAAAAUCCGGUGCCAAACUUUAUAAACUGUCGGAGUUACUUGGACAUGUUGAAAGUCGUUGUCUUCCGCUACAUAUUUUGGCUGGUGUUGGCCGUGGUGUUCGCCACAGGCUCCACUCGAAUAAGUGUGUUCGGUGGUGGCUAUCUGCUCGCCUCUUUCUACUUGCUUCUGUUUGGCAGAAAACUUCUGAUGAAACCAGCCGGAAAUUACCUGAACCUGUGGGACUGCCUGAUUAUGUACAAUGUCAUGGUCAUCAUUUCAAAGAAUAUGCUCUCACUCCUGGCCUGUGUUUUCUUGAAGCAGCUUCAGAGUAACUUCUGCUGGCUAAUUCAGUUAUUCAGCUUGCACUGUACCAUCAAAGGUUAUUAUAAUGAGCAAGAAUUGCAGCAUAAGGAUUGUUCGUUGGCCAUUGGCGAGGCUGGCAUCAUCUGGGACAGCAUCUGCUUCUUCUUUCUUUUGCUUCAGCGAAGAAUCUUCCUCAGCUACUACUUCAUACAUGUGGCAGCAGAUCUGAGAGCAUCCACCCUGCAGGCUUCCAGAGGCUUCCAGCUGUUCAAGGCUAGGAUCAUCAAAAAUAUGAAUUACCGUCGGGAGGCUGAAAAGUCGUCACUGGCACAACUGAAGAGACAGAUGGAGCGGAUCCGGGCAAAGCAGGAAAGAUCCCGAGAAGGAAGGAAAGAUACCAGUGAAACAGUUGGAAAAGAGCAACCAGCAACGAAAAAGGAAUCCCAGCAGAAAAAGAAAUGGUGGCGUCCAUGGUUAGACCAUGCCAAAGUGCUGCAGUCGGGGGAGUAUUACUUAUUUGAGUCAGACAGCGAGGAAGAGGAUGAGAGCGUACUGGACGAGCAGAAGCCACACAAGCAGAGUGCCUUCCAGCUGGCCUACCAAGCUUGGGUGACCAACGCAAAACAGGCAUUGAAGGAGCGAAAUGAACGAAAAGAGCAGCUCCUGCAAUUUGAGCGAGAAGCUCGGAGACAGCAGAGGCUGCUGAAAGCAGGAGUGGCCAAAGGAGAAGAAACUGAAGUCCUGGAGGGCUCUUCUGUAGAUGGUGACGAGGAAAAUGUUGUAUCAUCAAAGAGCAAUGUCGUUCAGCGAGUGAUGGAUAUUCUGCGAUUUCUCGGGAUCCUUUUCCUGGUCAUGGUAACUGGAUUGACACAGUGGCUGAACACACUCGUUAAGCCAUAUAUUGAUACAUCCACGAUCCUGUGGAGAGAGCGCUAUGUGUUGAUCCAAAAACUUGCAAAAGGUGAGGAGGUCGUAGGAGAAACUCUGGAUGAUCUUUACCAAAUGCCAGAUGACAGCAGUGAAAUGUUGCUGGCGAAUGCUGACUCUGAAGAAGCGCGAGCUGAGAAGGAUUCAAAGGACUCCAACACAUCAAGGUCAGAACAAGAAGCACUGCAGGAAGAACAAGAAGAUGUGCAAAGCAUUCAGGAUGGAGAAGAAAUCCCAGUGCUUGAUCCUGAUAACGAAACACAUGCAUGUACUGAGGGACAGAAGUUGGACAUGGAUCCACCAGAGUCUGUCAGACCUUCCAAGGAGUUGGACGUUUACCUUAUAAUUCGGACCAGAACUGCCAGCGAGCUACUUGCCAACAGUAACUUCUGCAUUCAAGAGUUGAAAGAUUCUGAAAAGUUUUACGAUUCUCAGAACAGAUGCCUGAAGCUGGUAUACGCUGUGUACAAUGUUAUUGCUGCUAAUUCCGAGUUAACCUGUUACUUCAUCAUCAUCUUGAAUAACAUGAUCUCCGCGUCCGUCAUAUCGCUUUUCCUCCCCAUCCUCAUCUUUCUCUGGGGAAUGCUCUCCAUCCCGAGGCCCAGCAAACGAUUUUGGAUGGUAGCGAUCGUCUACACAGAGAUUAUGAUCCUUGUGAAGUACAUUUUCCAGUUUGGAUUCUUCCCUUGGAAUAGCUUCUACAUCAUUUCGUUUUUUGAAGACAAACCAUUCUUCCCACCACGGAUCCUGGGGUUGUACAAGAGUGAUGAUUAUCUCAAAUACGAUCUGAUUCAGCUGCUGGCACUCCUGUUCCACCAAUCCCUCCUGAAGCGAUAUGGACUGUGGGACGAGCAGGAGGAGAGUAAAAAAAACCAUGAGAAGAAAAUAAACUCUGUGCAAGCUCCUAAAGAGGAAAAAGCAGCAACAGAUGAACAGACACCUGAAAAGAAAACAUCCAGAUUCUUGUUCAGGAGGAGAAAGCAAGACAAAGAAAAAGAAAAUUCUGAAAAGCCCAAACGAAAAGAGAAAAAGAAGAAGAAAAAGAAGAGGGAAAGAAUAAGCAAGAAACUGAUCGAAUUUGGGAAGAAAGUAAAGAACUUCCUCAUUAGUAUUGCUAUGAGCAUUUACACGCCACUGAAGAGCUUUUUCUCCAGCAUUCUUCACACCAAAUACCGUGCAGCCACCGAUGUCUACGCACUCAUGUUUUUGGCAGAUGUGGUUGAUUUUGUUAUCAUCAUCUUUGGCUUUUGGGCAUUUGGAAAACAUUCGGCAGCGGCAGACAUUGCAUCAUCGCUGUCUGAUGACCAGGUCCCUGAGGGCUUCCUGGUGAUGGUGCUGAUUCAGUUCUCCACUAUGGUGAUCGACCGCGCGUUAUACCUUCGUAAAACUGUGCUGGGGAAGCUCAUUUUCCAGGUCCUCCUUGUCUUUGGAAUCCAUGUCUGGAUGUUCUUCAUAUUGCCUGCAGUCUCGGAGCGAAUGUUUAGUCACAAUAUAGUGGUACAGCUUUGGUAUUUCGUAAAAUGCAUCUACUUUGCUCUGUCUGCGUACCAGAUCCGCUGUGGCUAUCCGACGCGCAUCCUGGGCAAUUUCCUUACAAAAAAGUACAAUCACCUGAACCUCUUCCUCUUUCAGGGCUUCCGUCUUGUGCCAUUUUUGGUGGAGCUUCGUGCUGUGAUGGACUGGGUUUGGACAGACACCACAUUAUCCCUCUCAAGCUGGAUGAGUGUUGAGGACAUCUACGCCAACAUCUUCAUCAUCAAGUGCAGCCGUGAGACUGAAAAGCGAUAUCCACAGCCUAAAGGUAAGAAGAAAAAGAAGAUUGUGAAGUACGGAAUGGGAGGCCUCAUCAUCGCUUUCCUCAUCUGUGUUAUCUGGUUUCCGCUUCUCUUCAUGUCGCUGGUCAAGUCCGUGGUGGGAGUGGUGAAUCAUCCGAUCGAUGUGACUGUAACUGUCAAACUUGGAGGUUACGAGCCUCUAUUUACAAUGAGUGCGCAACAACAGUCUCUAAAACCAUUCACCCAAAAGGAUUAUGAAGAUCUCUGUUCAACAUUUGAACGAAAACCAGCUGCUAUGCAGUUUAUCACACUGUACAGUUAUGAAGAUAUCAUUACUGCACACGUAGAGGGGAACUCAGGGUCUCUCUGGAAUAUCAGCCCACCCAGUCGUAAGGCAAUGAUUGAUGAACUGGAGAGCAAUUCAGUGAUGACUCUUCGCUACAUGUGGAAUUUCCAGAGAGACCUGACUCUGGGUGGAACAGUGGAGCACUCAUCAGAUAAGCACAUCAUUAACCUGAGCCCCGAAGACCCUGUCCGGGAACAGCUAGCCAAUCUUCUUCAAGGGAAUCGCAAAGAGCCUGUAGUAAUAUCACAUAUGAUCCCAAAAUACACUCGAGCUCCACAUGGGCCAGAAGCGAAACCUGUUCACCAGAUUAAUGAAGAAAAUGCCUACCUAAAUGUGACGAUGGAGCUGCAUAGGUACAUCCAAUUGGAUGCGAAUAAAACGGACUCAAUCUUGGAAUGGUGGGUGAUUAAGACCAAAUCGAAAGAAUGCAAACAACAUGCGUGCAACGAACUGCAGAUGGUAAUUUUUAGUGACAAGGUCAGCCCACCAAGUCUCGGUCUCCUUGCUGGAUAUGGAAUAAUGGGCCUAUAUGUCUCAAUUGUGCUGGUGGUUGGAAAGUUUGUCCGUGAAUUCUUCAGCGAUAUCUCGCAUUCUAUCAUGUUUGAGGAAUUGCCUUGCGUGGAUCGGGUGCUGAAACUGUGCCAUGAUAUCUUCCUGGUGCGGGAGAAUGGAGAGUUUGAGCUGGAAGAAGAGCUCUUUGCCAAACUCAUCUUCUUGUACCGCUCACCUGAAACAAUGAUCAAAUGGACAAGAGAGGACUAACAGCGGUGUGACUCUUUUCUUAAUCAGUCAUUCUGGUCCCUCUUUGCCUCUGCGUAUGUCUCUCUCUUACUCUCUCGGCUGAGCCGAGUUGAACAUGCACAUUGGGCCCUGGUGGAAGAGUUACCUCAGAUUCUGAAAUUAUGAAACCUGAUUCACGUCCUUCCAAUUCUUGCUGCGGGAGCAAUUUUUUUUUUUUUUUUUACGUAUCAUGGGUCUUGUAUUGUGGACUUGAUGCAUUAGAAAACAAACACUAUUGUAAGAGGUUCACUUUGAGACAUGAAACAACAGGUGUCCUCUAUCUGAAAGCUACACGUUGAACAAAAACUGAGACUUGUUUGGGCUAUACUUUGUUUCUCCUACGUAUCUGCACGAGGAACAACUUUAACAUUUUUUUCUGUUAUUCUAACUGGUUAUUCCAAUUUGGGUUAAAGCUGCAGCCCUAGCUAUUUAUUAACCCAUCACUACAAGGAACAUAGUCCACAUUUAUCAAGCUUGGGGAAAUGUUGAGGUUUAAUAACCUUGUUCUACUUUCUGUUCAACAAAAAUGCCAAGCUGUUUUAUAAUUCUACAAAGAAAAUGAAAACCUGAAACAUUAUUGAUAACACUAUAUUUUUAUACUAUUUGGGGGAAAUUAAUGCUUUACAGAUCACGUAUUCACAAUUUAUUUUGAUUACUUGCAACAAGGUGAAGGAGAUGUUAUGUCGCUCCAGCUCUGGUGAAAAUUCUUCACAUUGAGGAGUCUACAAGGAUCGUGGGACAGUCGGUGCCCAUUUGCUGCACUUGAGAGAAUAGGAAACUGGAUUGAAUGUUGCAAUAGUCAGCAGUGUGAAAACCUGACUUCACAACAGUGUCAAAUAACUGCUUUCCUAUGUUUCGCUUUUGUACAUUUUUCAGAACUUUGAAUUUAGAAAUCAAUAUACUUUUCUAAGUGAAUCCGAUUUUCACUGUUACCUAAUUGUCGUAAAUGAAAAAUGACGUUUAUAUUAACAUGGAGCUCUUGUGCAACAGAUUAAUUGCAUCUCGCAUAAAGGUCACGUCACAGUUGUUGCAAUUGCAGGAUAUCCAGGGACACUAAUGGUAAUAGUAAAAACUAAAUGUUUGUAUCAGCUAAUGCACACUUUUAAGAUUGAUGCUGUGAUUCUAAUUUGGGAACUUCAGACAGAAAGGAUACGGUCAUUGUUUUCCUUAGUUAUAAUCAUAAAAACCUAAAAGAUGUAUUGCCCUGUAACUCAGUGCAGGAAGAAGGCUGCUAGACAAUGUAAGUGUUGCUUUAGAAAAAUCACUUGGCACGUUUUAGUUCACAAACCGUGUACUGCAACGUUACUGUCCAGGAGUAACAAAUUAUAUUUAAGACAAUUUUCCAAGCCUUUCCACAACGAUUUCUAGAUAUCUAAAAUAUAUAUUUAGAAUAACACUACAGUAUAGUUACUUUGGUUACAAAGGAAAAAAAACUUUGAGAACACAAACAGUAAAUACUUAUUUUCAUAGUUUAUUAAAUAUAGAACUUUUGGUCAGAACUUUCAUGUUAGUAGAGGUUUGGAAUUCUGCAAUCAGGAGUCUUAAUCAUUUAUCUCUGUGCCAAAAAAAAAUGUUUUCAGUCAGGAGAGAGCUUUAAAGCUUCGAUUUUUUAAAAAACAAAUGUAAUUUUAUAAGACUCUAGUUGAGUUAAAAACCAAAGCUACAAAGAGAAACUUGAACCAACAUGACAAUUCUGGGUAAAAUCCAGAAAAAAGCAAUAUGAAGAUGUGAGCAAAUGCAAUCCAAAUUAGUGAGUAGGGAUCAACAAUCAAUUUUGAGAUUGUAAGUGGAUUUGAACACACGGUGGGAUUUUUGUAUUCUGCAUUCAUUUAGAAAUAGUAAAGCAUAAUCAGUUCCAUUUUACAAUAGCUAUAUUCAGAAUGAUGUGCCAUUGUAACAAAAAUUGUCUGGAAGUCCCAUUUUCGGAAAGUAUGUGCAUAUUCCUAUGUGCAGUUUCUGUAAAUUGUGGGGAUUAAACUUAGAUAUGGAACCAUUGCAUAGAUAGUGAGCACAUUUUACCAGGAAUGGAAAGCUUUGUUUCUCUGAAUUUUUAUAGAAACCUCAAGAUGAUUUACUGAUGUGUUAAAUGCUAAGAACAGAUGAUGAGUGGAUUUCAAGCUAAUUUAGAGACAUGAACAAGCCCUGUUGCAAAAUAGUGUUGAUUUAAUAGUCUAUGCCAAUAUUACUUCAUUUGUCUAAAAGUAUGCUUAUUACCAAUAGAUUUUCAUUUUGGAUAAGAACUACAAGUAAUGAUAAGUAUUGGAUAUAAUUUGGAGAUUGUUACUGUAAUAGGACCAUAAACCCAAAGCAAUGUGCCUUUUUCUAGUAGAGGUUUCUAAUGUCUGUGGGUAUGAAGAAAAGCAGUAAUUAUUUUCAUUCACUGGUGACCGAUGAGAACAGCUGUUUCAGUUUUUGUAUGUGUGUUUCAAGUUCUGCCAAAAUCUUACUAUACCCAUCAGAUUUCCUCCAAACCUGUCUCUGAAGCAUACCAAAUGUUUUGAAAUAGUGUAGAGCAAUUUUAGGAAAUUAUACAAACAGGGCGAACAAAGAACCUCUCUGUGAAUGUGGUGCUAUUAUUCUGUCUGAACCUACUGCUUCAAACAAAUUCUUUUGAUCGGGUUAAAAACAAACUGAGCUCUAUUAUGUGCUGUUGUAACACAUCUGAAGUGUUCAGAGCCCGAUUACCUUCCAUUUUAUUCCAAUAAGUUUGAUCUGGUUGAACUGUUGAGUCUAUUGGUAAUAUUACUGCAAUUUUCCAUUCACAAUUAAAUACAUUUUUGGUA